AUGUCAAAAAGCUACGAAGGAUGUGCGGUAGGAAUAGACCUUGGAACAACAUACUCUUGUGUUGCAGUGUGGGUUGAAGAACACAAUAGAGUAGAAAUCAUACACAAUGACCAAGGCAACAAGACCACUCCUUCUUUUGUUGCUUUUACUGAUGAGCAAAGGUUGACCGGUGAUGCUGCUAAAAACCAGGCUUCCACCAACCCAGAAAACACUGUCUUUGAUGCUAAGAGGUUAAUUGGUAGGAAGUUUAGUGAUUCCGUUGUCCAAAAAGAUAUAAUGUUGUGGCCAUUCAAGGUUAGUGCUGGUGUUAAUGACAAACCGAUGAUUAUUGUUAAAUAUAAGGGUCAAGAGAAGCAUCUAUGUGUCGAGGAAAUCUCAUCUAUGAUUCUCACAAAGAUGCGAGAGAUUGCAGAGGAGUAUUUGGAAUCGCCGGUUAAGAAUGCAGUUGUUACGGUGCCUGCUUAUUUCAAUGAUUCUCAGCGAAAAGCCACUAUAGAUGCCGGAUCCAUUGCUGGACUUAAUGUUAUGCGAAUAAUCAAUGAACCUACUGCUGCAGCUAUUGCAUAUGGCCUUGACAAGAGAACUAAUUGCGUAGGAGAACGGAACAUUUUUGUGUUUGAUCUUGGUGGUGGGACUUUUGAUGUAUCUCUCAUUACAAUCAAAGAUAAAGUCUUUCAAGUUAAGGCUACAGCCGGAAACACUCACCUCGGAGGAGAGGACUUUGAUAACAGAAUGGUAAACUACUUUGUACAAGAGUUCAAAAGAAAGAAAAAAGUAGACAUUAUUGGGAACCCAAGAGCCUUGAGGAGGUUGAGAACUGCCUGCGAGAGGGCAAAAAGGGCCCUCACUUUUGUAUUUAACACCACCAUUGAGGUAGAUGCUUUAUUUCAGGCCAUUGAUUUCUCUUCGUCAAUCACCCGUGCCAAGUUUGAGGAAAUCAACAUGGAUCUUUUCAACGAGUGCUUGGAGACCGUUGAGAGGUGUCUGGUUGAUGCGAAGAUGGCCAAAAAUAGUAUAGAUGAUGUUGUCCUUGUUGGUGGAUCUUCAAGGAUUCCUAAAGUGAGGCAACUAUUGCAAGACUUUUUUAAGGAGAAAGAACUAUGCAAGAGCAUCAAUCCUGAUGAGGCUGUUGCUUAUGGAGCUGCUGUUCAGGCUGCUUUAUUGAGCGAAGGCGUUAAUAAUGUCCCGAAUUUGGAGCUGAUGGAUGUCACACCUCUGUCUUUAGGUUGGGGCAUAAAAAAUGAUGUCAUGGGUGUGGUGAUUCCUAGGAACACUUCUGUUCCGGUCAAGAACACAAAAUCAUAUGUUACAAUCGAAGAUAACCAACCGGGUGUCUCUAUCAAGGUUUACGAGGGAGAGAGAACCAGAGCCAGUGACAACAACCUUCUUGGUUUUUUCUGUCUUUUUGGCUUACCCCCGGCUCCUCGGGGCUAUCCUUUUAAGGUAUGCUUUGAUAUAGAUAAAAAUGGUAUUCUAACUGUUUCUGCUAUGGAAGAAUCUACCGGAAAUACAAAUGAGAUUACAAUAACUAACAACAAAGAAAGAUUAUCUAACGAUGAAAUUAAGAGAAUGAUUCGCGAAGCUGAGGAUUAUCGCGCUGAAGAUAAGAAAUUCUUAAGGCAGGCCAAAGUUAUGAAUGCAUUGGAUGACCUUGUUUACAAAAUGAGAAAUGCAAUGGAGAAGAAGGUUAUUAACUUGAAGCUCACGUCACAAGAAAACAAGAAAAUCAAUGAUGCAAUUACCAUGGCCACAAAUUUGAUUGAUGAGAAAGACAAACAGCGCGAAAUUGAUGUUCUUGAGGAUCAAUUGAGCGUUCUUGAGAAUAUGUAUGAACACAUUAUGAAGUUGUCUACUUCGGUGAAAGGUGGAUCUGGAUGGAAGAAUGAUGUAAAAUGUGGAGUUCAUAACUAUGAUUUACCUAAUAGGUUAGAAGGUCAUUUCUUUGUAGGUAGAUUGACCACCGAUGAGAAGCAACAUGUUGCUGAUUUGACAAAGAGAGAUGUUCCACCUAAACACAUAUUUCUUUCCUUGCAAGAGAGAGAUCGUGAGACUCUCACUCAGAUCACGCAAAUUUAUAAGCAUAAGAGUGUGUUAGAAAAAGAUAUAAGAGGUCCUAGAAGUGCGAUACAACAUUGA